UUCUGCUUGUCUCUCUCUCUCUCCUUCCUCUCAGUUUUGCACCAUUUUUCUGCAAAAAAGAUCAAAUUUUUAAUCUCCCAUUCUGCAAAAAUCCCUCCUUUUUGCCUCCUCUGUACAUACCCACCUUACAACAAACACAAAACUCCACCAUCCAUGGCCGCCAACAAAUUUGCCACCAUCUUGCACCGAAACUCCAACAAGUUCACCCUUAUUUUAGUCUACGCUCUUCUCGAAUGGGUUCUCAUCUUUCUUCUUCUUCUUCAAGCCCUUUUCUCUUACCUGAUCGUUAAAUUUGCAGAGUGGUUUGGGCUGAAGCGCCCCUGUUUGUGGUGUUCCAGAGUGGACCAUGUGUUCGAGCCUGGGAGAAAGCGUUCUUACAGAGAUCUUCUUUGUGAAGCUCAUUCCAUGGAGAUUUCUAAUCUGGGUUACUGUUCGAAUCAUCGGAAACUCACUGAGUUUCGAGAUUUGUGCGAGGAUUGCUCGUCUUCUUCUAAGUCCGACGAGUUCUAUCAGAUUCCUAAGAGCUUUCCCUUUUUUGGUGAUGAGAAGGAGGGUUUGAAGAGCUGUUCUUGCUGUGGGGAGAGCUUGAAGAAUCGUUUGUUUUCUCCUUGUAUUUUGAUUAAGCCCAAUUGGGGGGAUUUGGAUUAUGCCCAGAAGGGGGAUUUUAUUUCUGAGGCGGAAAUUGAUGUUCACUCGGAAGAUGUCGUCGGAGACAGGGAAAUCUCCAACGUUUCCGGCGAGGAAGAGGCUGAGAAGAACUCCACUUGCUCUGUUUGUGGCUGUGGCUGUAAAGAUUCAGCGGUUCAUGAGGAUGACGAUAGAGUUGAAGAUCUGAGCUCUUGUAAUCAGAAAUCAGUUCAAGUUGGUUCUGAGAAAGAGGAUGAAUUGGCUGAGAUUUCUCCAAAUCAUCUUGAGUUCUACAUUGACCGGGGCGACGAUCGGCGGCUUAUUCCAGUCGAUUUGAUCAACUUUUCGGCCUCUGAGGACGACCACAACAACGACAACGACAACGACAACAUCCUUAGCCAAGUGAAAGAUGAGGAACAAGGACAAGAGGAUUGUGGGAAUGAAGAUGUCGUUUUGGAUUUUGGCUCCCACUUUGUGAAUCAAGAUUGGGAUGUUGCAGAGGUGGAAGCCAUGGAUGUGGAGGAGAGUAGCAGAAGCCCCUCUGGCUAUGAAGAUCCGUCAAUGAGAGGAGAAAAAGAAGAACAAGCUGAGGCUUCCAUUGAUGCUCAUAAAGAAGGCCUUGAAGAAUUGGUAGUGGCAACAAGAGAGCCAGACUCAGAUCUUCAUCAAGUAGAUUUACACAUGUGGAAUGAUGAACUUGAUGUAGAGAUUUUGAUGGGGACGAAUAUUCCUGAUCGUCCCGAUCACGAUCCCAUCGGCGACAUUCAAACUCAAACCGACCUUCCUCCACAUUCUGAUGCACAAGAAGAUCCUUCCCCAAGUUCAUCAUUGGAAUUUGACACUAUGCAAGAUUCUAACAAAGCUCGUAAAUCUGAGCUCGACGAGGAAGUCGAGGAAGCUAACGAAGAGGUAGAGUUCAAGAUCUUGUCCGUGGAAACGAGUUCUCAACCGUUGGACGAUCACAAACCGUCGAGUUCUGAGCUCAAUGAGAAUGAAGAAGAAGAUAAAGUUCCUGAUACACCCACUUCAAUGGAUAGUUUCCAUCAGCUACACAAGAAGCUGCUAUUACUCGACAGAAAGGAAUCUGGAACGGAAGAGUCGUUGGAUGGAAGCAUCAUAAGCGAGACCGAAAGCGGGGAUGGAGUAUUGACGAUCGAGAAGUUGAAGUCGGCGUUGAGAACGGAAAGAAAGGCAUUGAAUGCGUUAUAUGCAGAGCUAGAAGAAGAGAGAAGUGCUUCAGCCAUAGCAGCCAACCAGACAAUGGCAAUGAUCAAUAGGCUUCAAGAGGAGAAAGCAAGCAUGCAAAUGGAAGCUUUGCAGUACCAAAGAAUGAUGGAGGAGCAAUCCGAGUAUGACCAGGAAGCUUUACAGCUUUUGAACGAGCUCGUCGUAAAGAGGGAAAAGGAAAAGCAAGAACUCGAGAAAGAACUCGAAGUUUACCGAAAAAAGCUUCAAGAUUAUGAAGCUAAAGAGAAAAUAGCAUUGUUAAGGAACAGAAAAGAAGGUAGCUUCCAAAGUAGACAUUCUUCGGUUUCUUGUAGCAAUGCCGAUGAUAGCGAUGGGCUAUCGAUCGAUUUGAACACCGAAGCAAAGAAAGACGAAGAUUUAUGUUCUAACCAAGAAACGGAGAAUCAAAACACCCCGGCUGAGGCAGUCCUUUAUUUGGACGAAACCAUGGCGAACUUCGAGGAAGAAAGGCUGUCCAUUCUUGAGGAGCUGAAGAUGUUGGAAGAGAAGCUCUUCACUUUAAGUGAUGAAGAACAACAAUUAGAAGACGUUGUACAUUAUUGUGAACAGAAUGGUAAUGGCUACCACAAGAACUCGGAUUAUACCACUGAAACAAACGGAUUCGAAAACGGUCACCAUUUGAACGGAAAACAUUAUCCCGAGAGAAGAGCGAUGAGCACGAAAGCCAAACGACUUCUUCCCCUUUUCAACGAUGCAGUCGAUGCCGAUAUUGAAGACGUAACAAACAGAGAAGAACAAGUUUUCGACUCCAUUUCUGUCAACAAAUUCGAUACAGAAUUCAGGAGGGUUGCUGUUGAGGAAGAGGUCGAUCACGUGUACGAGAGAUUACAAGCACUCGAAGCAGAUAGGGAGUUUCUAAAGCAUUGCAUUGGCUCCCUAAAAAAAGGAGACAAAGGCAUAGAGCUUCUCCAAGAGAUCUUACAGCAUCUCCGCGAUCUAAGGAGCGUCGAUCUCCAUUUGAAGAACAUGGGAGACACUGUCCUAGCAUGAUCACGAUUCAUACAACACAACAGGUAAAAAAAGCCUUACGAAUCCUUCGCAUUAUUUCGUUUUAAACUCCGAAGAUGCAUCGUAAACUGAACGAACUCGGUUAACUUGUUUCUAGUCCUUGGUAAAUACAUAAUGUGGUCCUUUGGAGUGCAACAAGCAACGAGACCAUAACCAAAACCCGAAGCCCCCACAUCGUCAUCGUCGUCAUCGACAAAAUCAGAAAGGGUCCAUAUGGUGGAGCCUCCUGAUUCAAAAAAUGUUGGACUAAACAAACUGAAGUCCACCCUCGUAGCUGUGUUAAUGAGUCAAAGUUGGCCCAAAGUUUUUGUGGGUUGUGUUCAUAGUGAUCACCUACUAAGGGAAGGUGAAUUUGUGUGUAGGACAGUGAGGUGUAGCCAGUCUGUCAUUUGUCUUAUGUUUCUUUUUUUGUGAGGGAAGAGAGGCUGGCUUGCAAAGCUGGAAAGAUCAUAGGCAAAGAUUCCAGUGCCAGGUACGUAAUUAUAGCUUUAGUUUUAUUAUUUAGGCAAGUUUUUAGAUUUUAAGGACAAAUCUUUUUCUUUUAUUUUUUCUGGGAAGGUGAAAGGAUUUGGGUAAAGAACCCUUGUUGUUUCCCUUCUCCAUCAUUUGCAUCAUUUCAUCAAAUGGGGUUUGUUUUUCUUCAUCCUCUUCUUCUUCUUCUUCUUACUAUUUUGAACGCCAAAAAAAUUGAGUUCUUUGUACACUACUACAUCUUUCCAUUUGUAAACUAUAUAAAAGUUGAGUGCUUUGUCUACAA